GUUCUUUUGCAUUCUCCAUACCUCUCUCCCUCUCCCUCUCUCUCACUCACAGGUGGCUUCUGACUUUAACACGGUAUUAACUAUGACGUUGAAGAAUACCGGGAUUCUGGUGACUCUAUACCUUUCGCUCUGUGGCUAUGGGCGGAGUAAAUCGGCAGAUAUGUCUGCUUUUAAUCGCCCUAAUGCUGGACCUCCAGCAACAUAUUUUGCUGCAGCAGAUUCAGUGCCGGCUUCGGUCCUUCAGGCAGCGGCAGCGGCAGCAAGCGUAGUCCCCAAGGAUGCGAUUUAUCUUUUUAGCCUGGAAAAUUCCGAGAAGUCCAUAAUACACAGCGACUGGCUGUCCUUUAAAGAGGGGGCCGCCCUCUCGUGGGUGGCCGACAUGGACGUGGAUUGCGAUGGAGUGAAUCACAAAUGCGACGGAAAUGGAGAUGGCCAACCACAGACGAACUGGGGAGCGCUGUCAGCAUAUGCAGUGCCUUACAUUGUGAUCCCCGAUAUGUUCCUGGCUGCAAAUAAGGAUAUCCUACCAGGGAAUAAUGUGGCCGCAGUGAUUUGUGGUGGCAAGAUGUUCUACGGCGUUCUGGGCGACUCAAACGGGGAUAACCCCCAAAUUACGGGGGAAGCCUCGUGGCUGAUGGCUAGGACGUGCUUCCCUAAGGAGGAUCUACAAGGGAACAAUGCGCAUUCACCGAAAGACGUCACCUAUAUCCUGUUCACCGGCAAGGAGGCCGUUCUUCCAGAUACCGCCAUCAACAAGAAUUAUAUUACAGAUUUCGACACGCUGAGGUCGAUGGGCGAUAAGUUUGCCAGGGCUCUAGCCUCGAAUUUGGCCACACCGACUACAGUCAGCACUGCAACUGCAACCACAACCGCAGGCGAUUCUGCAGCGGCAAUGUCAAGGGUCGGACAAGAAGGUCGAAUGAUGAUGAUCGCUCUGAUGGUCUGGGCUGUAAUGGUCACGAUUACUCUGUGACCAGCAGGUGGCUACGAUGGUGAAUACACCGUCGAAUGCGAUUGAUAGUGUAACGAUACCUAAUAUCUUGGCUACUUCUCUUAGAGUUACAGUCGCUGGCAAGUCAUGGAGGAUUCUUCAAUGACUAUUGUGUCCUGUCAGCCAUUGUAUGCAUAGUACAAUUGCUUUGCUGUGGAACAAGGGUGUCCUGUUGCAUACGUCUUAGAAAAUAGGGGAAUGCGAAGGGAAACAGGCAUGACAAUCUACCUAACUUGUACUUAUGAAAAUGUACAGCUAAAACUUAA